AUGAGGGUUUUAGGGCUCCUAGAGAAAAAGGUGGAGGCGUCGAGGCAGGCGUGGGAGUCUACAGCACUGAUUGCUCGGAGUCUCAGUCGGUGGGUAUCUGCUGACUGGGUGGCUCGGGAUAUCAAGGCAAGAUUGAAGCUGGACUAUAAGAUGGAGGCCUUCCCUAUGGUUGAUGACAACUUAGCUCUUCAGUUCAGGGGUGAGGAAGAUUGGAAUGCGGCGAUCGUCGACAGCCCAUUGGUUGCCGGGCAGGUACUAGCGAUGGAACCAUGGGCGUCGAACUUUGUCCUUGGCGUCGAUUUGGUCAAGAAGAUGCUGGUGUGGUUUCGGCUAGCGAGCCUUCCUCUAGAAUACUAUGAGAAGGAGUCCAUCCUCGACAUCGCGGCAGCGGCCAGGUGUCCAUUGGCUCUAGAUGAGUUCACGGACCCACCUCAGAAAUUGGGCUACACCUGGAUCAAGCUUGAGAUCGACAUCGCGGAGCCCUUGAAGCUAAGGAUCUUCAUUCAGGGAGGGGCUAGGACCUUCUAG